AUGGACCCGAGCACCAUGAGCGGGGAGGGGGCACGGUCCCUGCGAGCGGACGGCACUCGCAGUGCGUCAACACAGUGUGCAGCCAUUGUUCUGAACCAAACAUUACGCCUUGAAAUACAGCUGCUAGAGAACUCGCUGUCAAUCAACAAACUGGAGAAACAGAUCAUGGUGCAGAACCUGGAAAUUACUAAUCUCCAAGAAAAGAACAGCUUUCUGGAGCAGAAAGUCCUGGAAAUGGAAGGCAAACAUGAAUCUGAGCUGGAAUCAAUGAAGAUGGAGAAGCUGGAGAUGCUGGAGCUGCUGCUGAAGCAGAGAACCAUUACUGGUGAGCUGGAGAAGCACCCGAGCACCGUCAUGGGGAAUAGUGAUCACGCCACGUCAGACGACCGUAUAACAUUAUUGUAA